UAUGGACCAAACUGAGUAGCCGCCGAUCCCAAGUGAUACCCACUAGUCGCUGGGCGCUCGCACUUUGAAUGUCCAAGUGUCCACUUUACUAUUUCUUCAGUGCUGUUUUCAUGCGUGCCUUGUGUUCCCAUUCGCUGUACCUCUCCCCCUCUCCCCUCUCGCUCUCUUCCCUAUCUAUGCAGUUAAACCUUGAUGGUACUCUUACAGAAGUUUCUCUUUGUUCGUUUUAAUCUUAUUCGUUUCACCUUUUCAAAGAACAGAGGACAGCAGCGUCCGUCUCUGCGGAUCGGUGUGAUGAGAGAUGGAGGAAGCUCCGCGGUUGAGUUGAAAACCUCUAUUUGUAGCGAGAGGUUUUCGUGGACGGUCGGCUGUCGGUGUUUUGCUUCCCCUUCUUGAACACACUCUUGGACUUUUCAUGCUUGGAGCUCUUGGACGUCAUGUUUAAGAAAGUUGUCAGAGGAUAUACGAACAGAUUGAGUGCUCCGAUUUGACUUCGCGCUGCCGUUCGUCCAAGGCUUCCCUUUUCCCUGCUCCGAUAUCCGAGCGACCAGUUCGCUUGAAAGCACUUUUCGGGCCCGAGAUAUGGCAAUGGUAGUUAGCGUAUGGCGAGAUCCGCAGGAAGACGUGGCCGGAGGACCUCCGAGCGGCCCCAAUCCAGCAUCUCAGCCGGCGAGGGAGCAACAGCAGGCGGCGUCAGCAGCACCACACACUCCGCAAACACCCAGUCAGCCAGGACCCCCGUCCACACCGGGCACGGCUGGCGACAAGGGCAGUCAAAAUUCUGGACAGAGUCAGCAGCAUAUAGAAUGUGUUGUUUGCGGGGACAAAUCGAGCGGCAAGCACUAUGGUCAAUUCACCUGCGAGGGAUGCAAAAGUUUCUUCAAGAGGAGUGUCCGAAGGAACUUAACAUAUACAUGUCGUGCCAACAGGAACUGUCCUAUUGACCAGCAUCAUCGUAAUCAGUGCCAAUAUUGUCGGCUAAAGAAGUGCUUAAAAGUGGGCAUGCGGCGGGAAGCGGUUCAGCGAGGAAGAAUGCCUCCAACCCAGCCGAACCCGGGCCAGUAUGCGCUAACGAACGGGGAUCCUCUGAACGGGCAUUGUUAUCUCUCCGGAUACAUCUCGUUACUUCUUCGGGCCGAGCCUUAUCCUACGUCUCGCUAUGGCAGCCAGUGCAUGCAGCCCAAUAAUAUAAUGGGGAUCGAGAACAUCUGUGAGCUCGCAGCUCGCCUGCUUUUCAGUGCUGUGGAAUGGGCGAGGAACAUCCCUUUCUUUCCAGACCUGCAGAUCACCGACCAGGUGUCCCUGCUCAGACUGACAUGGAGCGAGUUGUUUGUGCUAAACGCGGCGCAGUGCUCCAUGCCCCUGCAUGUGGCCCCGCUGCUCGCCGCUGCCGGCCUGCACGCUUCGCCGAUGUCGGCGGACCGCGUCGUGGCCUUCAUGGAUCACAUUCGUAUCUUCCAGGAGCAGGUGGAGAAGCUCAAAGCUCUGCACGUCGAUUCUGCAGAAUACAGCUGCAUCAAGGCAAUAGUGCUUUUCACAUCAGACGCUUGCGGCCUGUCGGAUGCUGCGCACAUCGAGAGCCUGCAGGAGAAGUCUCAGUGCGCCCUGGAGGAGUAUGUGAGGAGCCAGUACCCGAACCAGCCCAGUCGCUUUGGCAAGCUUUUACUGCGGCUGCCUUCUCUCCGCACUGUCUCUUCGUCAGUAAUUGAACAGCUGUUCUUCGUUCGCUUGGUAGGUAAAACUCCCAUUGAAACCCUCAUCAGGGAUAUGUUAUUAUCCGGGAGCAGCUUCAACUGGCCCUACAUGUCCAUUCAAUGAUCCGAAUGAGCGAAUGAAACAAAAAAGACUAAAGGACCAAAAUUCUGCAACUCCUUUCAAGAAGACUAUAUAUAGGACCUAAUUUCUGACCACUUAGGAAGACUCUGUUUUUUGUCUUCUGGGACCGAAAAGGAACAUGUAAUGUACAAAGAUUAAAGGACUGGACUUGCUCCCUUGUAAAUUCAUCGUCGUCAUCAAGAAUACUCUCCAUUUUGUAAAAUACUAGUCUUUAUUUUCUUUUUUUCUUCUUCUUUUUUUAUUUUUGUUUGUUUUUGUUUUAUUUGUUGUUGUAAAGAACAAAAUACGUACAAAUAAAAUGAAGAACAUCAUAUUCGCAGUAAAUGAGCAAGACUUAGGAGGGAAAGUAAUGUUUCCAAGCAAUUAUAAGAAAUGUCCUGUGUCUAUGUAUCUCUGUUUUGUAUUUUCUUUUCUGGUUCUAAACCAGUUUUUUUCUGUGAUUCUAUACUAAUGAUUUUUGAUAUAACCUUUUGCUUCUUAUAAUGAGUGCGAUAUUUGUUGUUGAAGCUAUGUUCUCCAAGAACUAAAAUUGAAGUGAGAAUUUAAAAAAUAAAGAAAAACGUUAGACAAACAAGACAGUCUAAUCGCAAUGACAAUAUCACUGAUGGUUGAACCUUCCCCCAUUUGAUGCUAUGGACAUGCAACUUCGACUGACCUCAUGGACAUUUUAAGGAGAGGACACCGGUGAAACUUUCUUUCCUUGGUUGUGUGUGUGUGUGUGUUUGUGUGUGCGCGCGCGCGUGCGUGCGAGUGAGUGAGUGUGUGUGUUGAGUCAAUCAUCAGUCAGAGAAAAAAAGACAUGAAAAUCAAAAGCACUUUUAAUAUAUCAUUUCAAAUACUUUUGUUUGUUUCAUCUUGAUAUUUUCGCUAUUUCUUUUCUUUUCUUUUUUUUUUUUUUUUUUUUUUUUGAUGUUGCCUUUCAUUUUUGCUCAAUCCAUGAUAUGCCUGUGCUGAAGGGUCGCGUGAUGAAGUUGUGUGAUGGUGACUAUACUAUUAAAAAGGAAAUAGGCAACACUGUCUCGCUCUCAGCAAAUUCAAUGUUGUUCAUGCUAUUGAUAGAGCUAUUCUGAUGGUGGGUCUUUGGUAUGUGGUUAACAUGGAUGCAGUGGUGAAAAUGGAAAGAUUUUAUUUCUAAUUGGUAAGGAAGACAACGAAGAUGCAUAGGUUUGUUUCAUUAAAGCGUGUUGUUGUUGCCCUAUUUGUUGACAUUACAUUUCAUACCCGCCGAAAACUUUCCAGUAAACCAUUAAAUUAAUUAUUAAAAUAAUGUAAAACCUUAGAAUACCACAAAUGUUCCAAAUGCAAGCAUGUGACUACAUUUGGGCUACAUGUGUAUAAGCUGUUCUCUUUGGAGAGCAUGUGCGUUUUCUAUAUUAUCAGGAGGCACCGCAUCGUGAGCAGAAUACAAGUUCUGUGACGUUGCUGCCGACUGGUUCAAAGAUCUAUGCCUGUUUCAGCGCAUCAAUGUUUAAUAUUUUUCCCAGGCUGAACAAAAAGACUUGCUCACAGUCAAGGAAAAAGAUAUACAGAAAAAACAGCCCUUUAAUAAGGCAAUGAGGCUUUAUUCUUCACCACAGUGUUGAGAAACAAAGAUGAGAGGAAAAGAAAACAAAUCCAUCUAGAUAAACAGACUAUUACUUUGAGGUAAUAGUAAGCGGAUCUGUGUUAGGAGGGAUGUUUUCACUAUAAAACGCAGCAGUUAUAGCCCAUGCAUUAUCAAUCUAAGAUAUGUACUGUAUAAUGCCGCAUGUAAGCCGGUCGAUAGGAACACUAAAUGUGAUGCAUUGUACUGACAUAGGGAGAAAUGCACUUGCAGCCUCAAAUGAUUGGCCAGAACCAUAAACGGAAAGCACGCGAUCGUCCUUAACACACACGUAAAUAUAUUUAGGCCUACACUGUUGGGUCAAACCUACUGUAGCAAGACCUUUUGCUGACCCCAAUGUC